UUCCUCAUUUGGGGCUUGGUUGAGUUGAGCUUUGGGGUGUUGGUGGCAGCGCUGAGGGGCCCCUCGCUGCCCUCAUCAUGGCAUCUGCUCUCACCGUCCUCCUCCUAGGCUGCUGGCUGGCCGGGCACAGCGGGGUGUGGGGACAGCCCAGCUACCCCAAACCCACCAUCUCUGGGAUCCCCAGCGAGGGGGUUUCCUUGGGGGGAUCCGUGAGCAUCUGGUGUAAGGGGCAGCACCAGACCGUGCAGUUCGUGCUGAAUAAAGAUGGACGCCACAUCCAAAGUGUGGAUUCGGACUCACAGGCUCUGUUUCUCAUCAACAACCUGAGCAGGGAGCACGGCGGGAACUACAAAUGCUCCUAUCACAGCAGAUUGGAGCCGUUCAAGAAGUCAGACCCCAGCGACCCCGUGGAGUUGGUGGUGAGAGAUCCCAGCUUACCCAGACCCAACAUCUCUCUGAGCCCCACUGGGGUCGUGGCCUCAGGGGCAGACGUCACCAUCCGGUGUCAGGGGCAGCACCGGGACGUGAGGUUCUUCGUGCACAAGGCUGGAGACCUGAACCCGCAGCGACACAUGGACCCUGCUGGGGACGGGGCCAAGUUCCGCAUCCCCAGCGUGGGCCGUCAGGACGGAGGGAGCUACAGCUGCAGCUACCGGCGCACAUCAGAGCCCUUCGUCUCUUCGCAGCCCAGCGACCCCGUGCAGCUCAUGGUAGCAGCAGCCCCCCCAGGGCACCCGGAUUUCACCUACUCCAACAUCGCCCGCCUGGUGCUGAGCACCAUGGUCCUGUUUGUCCUGGGGCUGAUCCUGUCUGAGGCCUAUUACAGCCACCUGAGGGGAGCACCUAGCGCUGAGGGGCCCCUCGCUGCCCCCAUCAUGGCAUCUGCUCUCACCGUCCUCCUCCUCUGCUGCUGGCUGGCCGGGCACAGCGGGGUGUGGGGACAGCCCAGCUACCCCAAACCCACCAUCUCUGGGAUCCCCAGCGAGGGGGUUUCCUUGGGGGGAUCCGUGAGCAUCUGGUGUAAGGGGCAGCACCAGACCGUGCAGUUCGUGCUGAAUAAAGAUGGACGCCACAUCCAAAGUGUGGAUUCGGACUCACAGGCUCUGUUUCUCAUCAACAACCUGAGCCGGGAGCACGGCGGGAACUACAACUGCUCCUAUCACAGCAGAUUGGAGCCGUUCAAGAAGUCAGACCCCAGCGACCCCGUGGAGUUGGUGGUGAGAGAUCCCAGCUUACCCAGACCCUCCAUCUCUCUGAGCCCCACUGGGGUCGUGACCUCAGGGGCAGACGUCACCAUCCGGUGUCAGGGGCAGCGCCGGGACGUGAGGUUCUUUGUGCACAAGGCUGAAGACCGGAACCCGCAGCGACACAUGGACCCUGCUGGGGACGGGGCCGAGUUCCGCAUCCCCAGUGUGGGCCGGCAGCACGGAGGGAGCUACAGCUGCAGCUACCGGCCCCCAUCAGAGCCCUUCGUCUCCUCGCAGCCCAGCGACACCGUGGAGCUGGUGGUAGCAGAUCCCAGCUUACCCAGACCCAACAUCUCCCUGAGCCCCACUGGGGUCACCCCCACAGAGGCAGACGUCACCAUCCGGUGUGAGGUGCAGCUCCGGGACGUGAGUUUCUUCCUGCACAAGGGUGGAGACCUGAACCCGCAGCGACACAUGGACCCUGCUGGUGCCGGGGCCGAGUUCCGCAUCCCCAGCGUGGGCCGGCAGCACGGAGGGAGCUACAGCUGCAGCUACCGGCCCCAGUCAAAGCCCUUUAUCUCCUCGCUGCCCAGUGACCCCGUGGAGCUGGAGGUGGCAGAGCCCACUCUGCCCAAGCCCUCCAUCAGCCCCAGUGGGGAGGUCUCCCUGGGGGGAUCUGUGUCCGUCCGCUGUCAGGGGCUGCGCCCGGGCGUGCGGUUCGUGCUGAAUAAAGGGAGACGCCAUGUUGCACACGUUGAUACGGAGAAGUUGGAGUUUGUGUUUCCCAUCAACAACGUGCAGCGGGAGCAGGGCGGGAACUACAGCUGCUCCCAUCACAGCAGAUCGUUCACCAAGUGGAGCGACCCCGUGGAGCUGGUGGUGAGAGGAUAAGGACCAGCCCCGAGACAGAGCAGAUGAGACCCCAGCUCUGCUCCCCACCCUGAUCUACCUGCGCUAGGAUUCAGGACUCCUGGUUUCUCUCCCCCACUCAGGGAGGGGAGUGGGAUCUAAUGGGUAGAUAAGGGGGGCUGGGAGUCAGGACUCCUGGUUUCUCUCCCCGGCUCGGGAUGGGAAGUGGUGUCUAGUAGUUACAACAGGGGGGUGAGGAGGUUUUAAUGUUGUACUUUUUAGUUAUUUUCCUAAUGAUAGCUUGAUUCUCAUUAGUUGAUAACCAUGAAAAACGGUUAAUUGG